AUGCAAAAAAAACCCCGCGUCACUGCGUGUGUGUUGACCCCACUACGAAGCUGGCGAUACCCGGUUUUUCUUAGAGUCCCGCUUGGCAUACUUUGGAAAUUGCUCGUCGACGAUGGCAUAGAUUUCAGAUCUCCGGAGCCGUAUGAGGGAGGAGAUGUAAUAACCGAAUUAAUUGAAGGCAAAUCCGUCGCAUUCUUCACGGAAAUCAGUUCUCAAACUCGAUGCAAGCAAAAUAGUAAUUGUGGCCGGAAGGGAUUCGAAUGCCAAAGUCAAGAGCGAAAUGAAAGGGAAGAUGAAUUGGUAUCUAGAGCGCCCUCAAAACCAGAUCAAGACGACAACUCGAAGCUUGACGUGGAUAGCAAAUGCCAACCUGAUGCAACCAAACAUCGGCUCGAUAAUCUGGUAUCGAACGUUGGCAUGGCAUCGGUUCAAGUUGCUUCAGAUCCGAAAUAUCUUGGAUCCACCUUUGAAAUCUCAUUUGCACGGGUCGUUUUCUCAGCAGUUGGAAACUCCUUUUCUACCAGUUCAACCGAACGCGGGGGUUUGAGAUCCGCCGAACGCCAGACAGGAGGAACAUUAGCAAGACCCGAUAGCUCGAGUUCUAUGUGUGAUUCCAUUUUUGGAUUGCAGGAAAGGCCGAUAAUGAAGCCAAAACUUUUCCAGGCUAAGUGGUCGCAAAACAGCUUGUGA